AGCUCAGAUGGACAUUCAUUUAAUGGAUGACACAAGGCUUAAGUAUUGUCAGGCACUAAUGAAAUGUGUUAAGUCUUUUUAUACACAGGUGAAAGACGCACUACCCAAGGAUCCUGUGCAGCCCUGCCACUCACUGGAACCAGGAGACUGGGUCUACAUAAAGGUCCAUCAGCGAAAGACUGCCCUGGCUCCACGCUGGAAGGGCCCUUUCCAAGUCCUGUUAACCACCAACACCGCUGUGAAGGGCCAAGGACUGCCUGCCUGGACCCAUGCUUCGCACUGCAAAAAGACCCCUCCACCUGGAGAGGAUUCUUCAGCUGAUGAUCAGCCUAUUUCUCCUGCUAGCUCUGCUGUGCCUCCUGGACAGCAGGGAAAGAGGACAAGGUGAAGUGCUAGUAACCUCUCCCUUGUCCACUGACAGAUCUACAACGCCUUUGAAUUCUUUUACAGGAAUCACACCAGUACAGGGUGAAGUGCUAGUAACCUCUCCCCUGCACUAUGGUGAAUCACAACUGCUUUUGAAGAGGAAAAGAAGAAACACUCGCUCUGCUGAAACCACCAAAGUCCAGAAAUUCCUGACUACAAAAGACAAUAAGAACUGGCCCUGGUGGAAGAAACGGAGCAUUGUUUAUUGGCAAGGAGGGAACUGUGGGGACCGUUCCUGGGAAUGCGGGGUCCAGUGGUGGGGUGGAUUUUUUCCAGGAUCAGGGCUUUGUGCUUAUGGACAGGUACCUUCAGGAUGCACUGCCCUCCCUAAUUGGCUUUCAGAUGAUGAAUAUCAAAAACGCCUUGCCACUACAAAAACUACACCCACCACUAGUCCCUUGACCCUUGCCACCACCACUGUAACUUAUCCAGAUACAAACAGUACUAUACAUUCCAAUGAAACUCAUUGGCCAAGGCUUUCACACCUCAGUGAUUUACUGAAAUUUUGUUCAGAGAAAUUAUUCUUUAAAGUUCAGGAUAAUGUAUAUGAGCAAACAAUUGAAUGGAAAACAAAUGGAUCAGUAGAAAUAAAAGUACAUGAUAUCACUACUAGUGAACCCCAAGAAUUAAUAACUGCAAUUGAUGGGUUCUAUAGUGAAGUAGAUAUGAUGGUUGUUCCUGGAAUUUGUACUGUGUUAAAUAAGAAAGGCCCUUAUUGUUAUUUGGUCACCCAACUAGUGAAUAAUCAAACAAAUACCCAAAGAGUUUGUUCUGCCACUGGAAAUUUUACCUGCAUAGAAAUUAUUCCGGUGACUAAUAAUGUGACUUGUACCUUAUUGCAAUACACUCCCUCUUAUACCAUUAAUGUUAAUGCCUCCCGGAAAUACAUAAAGGUAUUUGACCAACAGAUGUGGUAUAGCACUACACCAAAGAGAGAUGUAGUAAGAUAUCGGUGGACUGUGAUUAACACUACACUAGGGACGGUUAAAUUUUCAUUGCCUUUAUCCAGUUUCCAGAUUACCUCUACAUACCCAAACUGCUCACAGGGGGCUGCCAUUAGAUUAGCACAACAGAGGGCUUGGGUUAUUUCUUCUAGAUAGAAGAGAGACUUGACCGGAUCCCUGUGAGAUGGGGCCAAUAGUGCAGCAGCAGUUUGGAAUAUUUUUAA